CAACCACUAAGGUCAGGUCAGCCGUCAGUUGCUGACACACUCAAAGCAAAGCUAAAUUGGUGGGCUCUCAUUUCUCAUCCAUCUAACGGCUGUCCUUCCUCCUCUGACUUGACCAACCAAAAUCCAACGGCUCACAAUCCUGACACCUGUCACCGAUCCCCAUGAAACAGAAAAACCCUCCAUGGAUUCCACCUGAAUUCUAAAUUUUUAUUUUCUCUCUCCUCUGAUCAUCACACUACUCUCGAGGGUUUUGCCUCUGCUUUGACCCCCUCUUCUUCUUCUUCUUACCCUUUUUCCAACCCCCCAAAAAAACCCAUUAAUUUGUUCAAAAAAUCAAUUUAAUUUCUUCAUCAGUUUGUUAUUCUGAUUGUUGGCUUUUGCCACUUCUGCCGUUGGAUUGCAGUGUAGUUCAAUUUUGAAUGCCUUAAGAUCUACUUGCUGCACUCGCUGAUGUAAUAUUCUCUCAAUGGUUACAACGGAGGAAAAUGCAGUGAUUGUAGCUCCUAAGGUUGAUUUGCAGCAGACUCUGAGCCCUGAUUCCACAAUACAUGCUUCCAAUACUGAUAGAGAGGGAAACAACUCUGUUGUCCCUGAGAAACCAUCCGAAGAUGGAUAUAAUUGGCGAAAGUAUGGCCAGAAAAAUGUUAAGGGAAAUGAAUACAUAAGAAGUUAUUACAAAUGUUCACAUCCAAAUUGCCAGGUGAAGAAACAAGUGGAACGCUCCCAGGAUGGGCGAAUCACAGAUAUUACUUACCUGGGAAAGCAUGAUCAUGCUAAACCUCAUUCUGAUCCCCAAGCAGCUGUUCCCUCUCUUCUGUCUGCUAAAGUACAGACACCAGAUUGCCCUUCAACAGCUGUUGAUCAAGAUAAACCUUCCGAUGUGCACUCCCCUGCAACUGAGCAUGUUCAGCAAAUGGAGAUCUGUGAGUAUGCAAUAGUUAAGGCUGUUGGUGAUAAUGCACCUGCACCUCUCACACCAUCAAGUCAAGCAAGAGAUGAUCAUAGCGAAAACUUAACCCUGAAGAGACGGAAGAAAGGCAUUGACGGUGCUGAUUACACAACGGAGAAACCUAACCAUGAAUCACGCAUUGUUGUCCAUACAGUUAGUGAGGUUGAUAUUGUCAAUGAUGGGUAUAGGUGGCGCAAGUAUGGACAGAAAAUGGUCAAAGGCAACCCAAACCCGAGGAGCUACUACCGGUGCUCGACUACGGGCUGCCCAGUUAAAAAACAUGUCGAAAGGGCCUCCCAUGAUCCUAAAGUAGUUAUCACCACAUACGAGGGUGAACAUGACCAUAGUAUGCCUCCUAUUCGGACAAUUGUUCCCCAGACUGCAGCAGCUUCUGCGGGUGGGACUGAGUCAAAUGACAUGAGUAAAUCCAAGUCAGAAGAAAGUGAUGCAGCUCAAAGUGCUGCAUUAGUAUGUAAAGCAGAAAAAGGCAGUUGUGUUGAUCCUGCAACUAAGGAUGAAAACAAUCAAGCAAUUGUGGUGAAGACUGAGGAUGCCCUUACGGGAUCCACUCAACAUGAGUCCAAUCAUAAAGCUGAGAAAAAUGAUACAGAAAGUCACGUUGAAACCAAGCUCGAGAUGGUGAGUCAGGAAGCUAACCAGGAUCCUAUCUGCACAGGUUCGAGUUCUGAAAAUAUUGAUCAGACUACCAAACAAAAUAUUGAUAUGAAGCCAGAAGUUACAUCAACCGAGGCCAAAAGACCUGAUGCAAUCGUUGAAACUUCCCGUGCUGAAGCAAAAACAAAUGGACUAGAAAGGCCGAAUGCUGAAGCUGUCAACUGCUAAAAGUAUUAUUGUUGCUGAUAGAAGUCAUAGUUGAUAGAGGAUUGUUGUAGACAAUGGCAUUUAUUGACAUAGAAGAGCUGCAAGAGGAGGGACUACUCUAGUGGGGGUUUAAACAUUGUAAAUAAUUCUAAUUAGACGGGGGACAGUCAGAGCCUGAGGUGUCUAAUUUAACUAUUCAGAAUAAAGAUUAUAGAUUUCCCUCAAAAAGCCUUCAUAAAUUGAACUUGGAAGUGCUAUUUUGAUUGUAUUUAGUGUAUUUUCUGUGGAUUUAUUAAAGUGGGUGAAUCUGUUCUUUCCGUAUA